AUGAACAGAAUAAUCUUUUGGGCAACUGUAUUUGAUCCUCGUGAUAAAUUUGAGUUCAUGGAGUACUCUCUUAGCGAGAUGUACGGGGCUGAACAGGGUGUUGCAUUGUUUGAAAGUGUAAAAAAUGGACUCUUUGAGUUGUUCACAGAAUAUGAAAGAAAAUACCAGCCAAAUGUUGAAGAUGAUAAUCGAGGGAGCUCUAGUUCUGUUUCUCAUGUGAUUGAUGAUUUCAAUUCUGAAAAAGUCAUGAAGAAGCCAGUGAAUAGACUGAAAGCUCGAUAUGAGAAACAUAAAUUAGAGAGUGGAAGUGGCAGAAUAAAAAAAACUGAGCUACAAGUUUACUUGGACGAGGAGGUCUUAGAGGAUUGUGAGGAUCUUGAUGUGUUGAAGUGGUGGAAAAUUAAUUCAGGAAGAUUUCCAUUCUUUCGCGAUUGGCACGUGAUAUUUUAG